AUGGUGGUCCCAUGUGGAGAUGGGUCCCCCCGACCCCAUCCUGGGGGUGACGGAAGCUUUCAAGCGCGACACCAACUCCAAGAAGAUGAACCUGGGUGUGGGGGCGUACCGGGAUGACAACGGGAAGCCCUACGUCCUGAGCUGUGUUCGCAAGGCGGAGGCCAUGAUAGCAUCCAAGAAGAUGGACAAGGAGUACCUGCCCAUCGGAGGGCUAGCGGAUUUCACCCGGGCAUCUGCAGAACUGGCUCUGGGUGAAAACAGCGAGGCUUUCAAGAGCGGCCGGUAUGUCACUGUCCAGGGUAUUUCUGGGACUGGAUCUCUGCGAAUUGGAGCCAACUUUUUGCAACGGUUCUUCAAGUCUAGCCGAGAUGUGUACCUACCCAAACCAUCCUGGGGCAAUCACACACCCAUCUUCCGUGAUGCUGGCCUGCAGCUUCAGGCUUACCGCUACUACGACCCCAAGACCUGCAGCCUUGACUUCUCUGGAGCCAUGGAUGACAUUUCCAAAAUUCCAGAGAAGAGCAUCAUCCUCUUGCACGCUUGUGCUCACAACCCCACUGGGGUGGAUCCCCGGCAGGAGCAAUGGAAGGAGUUGGCGGCUGUGGUGAAGAAACGAAACCUCCUCGUGUACUUCGACAUGGCCUACCAGGGCUUUGCCAGUGGGGACAUCAACCGGGAUGCCUGGGCUGUACGGUAUUUCAUCGAGCAGGGCAUCAACAUCGUCUUGUCACAGUCCUACGCCAAGAACAUGGGGCUGUACGGAGAGCGUGCGGGUGCCUUCACGGUCAUCUGCAGCGACGCAGAGGAAGCCAAGAGGGUCGAAUCACAGCUGAAGAUCCUCAUCCGCCCCAUGUACUCCAACCCACCCCUGAACGGAGCCCGCAUCGCCUCCAUCAUCCUGAACACCCCCGACCUUCGGAAGGAGUGGCUCGUGGAGGUGAAGGGCAUGGCUGACCGGAUCAUCAGCAUGCGGACUCAGCUGGUGUCCAACCUCAAGAAAGAGGGAUCCUCCCAUAACUGGCAGCACAUCACUGACCAGAUCGGCAUGUUCUGCUUCACAGGGCUGAAGCCCGAGCAGGUGGAGCGGCUGAUCAAGGAGUUCUCCAUCUAUAUGACAAAGGACGGACGAAUCUCUGUGGCGGGAGUUACGUCGGGCAACGUAGGUUACCUGGCUCAUGCCAUCCAUCAAGUCACAAAGUAAAGACAAAGGUGUGCCCUGGAGCUGGUGGCCUUCCCUUCCCCACCGGUCGAAGAUGGGGAGGGAAAGGAAACAAGCAGAAUUACCUCCAACCACAGCACUCGACGCCGCUGCUGAAUGUAUCUUGUAGAUAAGUUGUUGUAGAAGCCUAGUCGAAACCGCCCUGUGUUGGGGAGCAGGGACAUCAUUGCUGGCUCCCACUCGUCACAGCCCUUCUCCCCUGCUCUCCGUCCUUUGUCCAUCGGCCCUAGCACCCAUCUGCAUCGGAGGAAGCAAACGCUUGGCACUGCCAUGCUGCCGGCGCAGGCACCAAAGUAUUUCCCACGCUCGUUUCCCCAUGAGAAGGGUCAGUGAGGCUGUUGGCCGCUGGCUCCCACGGCAGUGGGCAGGGAGCUGGGUGGGCUGACUGGGAGG